AUGAAAUUUCCACUCCUCCUCCUCCUACGUCUUCUUCUUCUUCUUCUCCUCCUUCUUCUUCUUCUUCUCCUCCUCCUUCUUCUUCUCCUCCUCCUCCUCCUUAUUCUCCUCCUCCUCCUCCUCCUUCUUCUUCUUCUUCUUCUUCUUCUUCUUCUUCUUCUUCUUCUAUGUAUCGUGUCCUCUUCUGUUUCGUUUAAACUUCAUUCAUUUCCCUUUUGUUUCUCACUAUUUUCUCUUAAACUUCGUUCCUUUCGGUUUUGCUUCAUUCAUUUGAGUGUUUCGUUUCUCUUAACCUUCAUUCACUUCAGUAAAUUUCUCUUCUUCCUAGAGGAUUUCAACUAUCAACCUCAAAAUUGCCAUGUGUCCUUGCUUCAUUUUCCACUUCUUUUCUCUUUCUUUUCAUAUUCACUUCCGUCCUUUUCUCUUUCCUUUCAUAUUCAAUUCCAUCUUUUUCUCUUCCCUUUCAUAUUCAGUACUUUUUUCUUUUCAUAUUCAUUUGCUUCCCUUUGUCUUUCUUUUCAUAUUCUAUUCCUUAGUUUUCUUUUUCUUUUCAUAUUCAAUUUCCUCCUUUUCUUUUCUCUUCAUAUUCAUUUGCUUCUCUUUCCCCUUCUUUUAAAAUUACUUCCUUUUCUCUUUCUUUCAUUUACAAUUCCUUUAUUUUCUCUCUUUUUAUAUUCAAUGUCUUUCUGUUCUCUUCAUUUUUAUAUUCAAUUCUUUCUUUCUUUCUUUCUUUCUUUCUUUCUUUCUUUCUUUUCAUAUUCGGUUCCUUCCUUUUCUCUUUCCUUUUUAUAUUCAAUUGCUUCAUCUUUUCUUUUCAUUUUGAAGCAUAUCAUUUUCUCUUUCUUUGCAUAUUUAUUCCUCCCUUUCCUCAUUUUUCAAAUUCAAUUCCUUCUUUUUUUCUUUCUUAUCAUAUUAGGUUCCCUUCUUUUCUGUUUCUUUUCUCAUUCAAUUCUUUCCGUGUCUCUUUUCUUAUAUUUAAUUACUUCUUUAUCUUUUUCUUUUCAUAUUCGGUUUUCUCUCUUCUCAACGCAAUCCUUGUUUGUCACCGGAUUUAUCGACCUCUUUCAAAACAUGGCUACCAGCGACAAACGUUUCCUUGCUACUUCAUGUCCGUCGAAUUCCAAACGCACAGUUCUGAAACGGUCGCAUCGUUUUCUUCAAAGAAUACCCACUCAUGAUCUUCAUUCUGAUACGCUCUGCGUUUCGUCUCACUCUGCCUCUCUUAGGAUCCACUUGCUCCGUGAUUAUGUCUUUCCCGGUGACACCAACUCUCCUCUAUCUCAUUUCGAACUGCUAUUCAAGCGUCCAUCACCUUGGAGACUUCGUCAAUUCCAGUUAGAAAAUGGCAAGCCAAGGGGAUAUUUUCGUCUGAGAGAUUUUCAAUUUGGUACAACAAUCUAUCUAUCUAUCUAUCUAUCUAUCUAUCUAUCUAUCUAUUUUUAUGUGAUUCAAUACAUGGAUCUAAGUCUUCUGGCUUUCUUUUGA